UCAAACAUUAUACAUUGACAUUAAACAAUCUUACAAAACCGAUCUCAUUACAAUGGAAGCCACACUGAUCUCUUCACCAGCUUCGACGUCCCCACUCCGGUUCCAUCCAUUGGUGUUUUCCCCGAUUAAAACGACGACGUGGAGGACACAGAAGAAGAUGAAGAUGAGCGUUUUUGCUGCUGCGUCUUCAGGGAAGGACCAUUACUACGGAGGAGGAAGACUGGUGGACGAGAACAUGAUAAUUCUAAGGAAACGCAUCCACGAGAUGAAGAUGGUGGAGCGAAACUACGAGCCGCCUUCUCACUGGUUGGAUUGGGAGAAGCGUUUCUACAGUAGCUACGACACUAUGAUCUGCGAUUCCGUUGGUCUUCUCCAGAGCUUCCUCAUGAACUCUCGCCCCACCGUCGCAAUCACAACGCUGCUUCUCCUCCUCCUCAGCGUUCCUGUUUCCUCCUCUGUUAUGGCGUUUCGCCUUCUAGACCUCCUCCAUUGGGUUCUCGCCGCCGCAACGUCGGGCCAUGUGGGCUGAUCUGCCUGGCCCGUUUCAUUCUUUCCUUUUACUUGCCCACAAUUUUUUUUUUUUUUGUAUAUUGUAUAUACACAUAUUCUUAUAUUAUUUUAUCUGAUUUAUACUAUACUUAAACUAAGUUCAAAAACUCGUUAUUAAUUUAUCACUUCUUUCAUGAAACCUGUAUAAGUUUUUUUUUUUUGUUUUUUCAUAUGUUAUUGUGACAAAAGAGAGUACAAUCUGAUUA